AUGUCUCUGACGCCGGAACGCGGCGGGCAGGCCGAAGCCGCCACGCCGGCCUCCCCGCCCCCGCAAAUGCAGUCCAACGCCGCUGGACGCGGCAGCGUCACGCCGACGACGGCCCCGCCGGACGCGACCGUCAGUCGCUCCCCACCGCUGCAGUGGGACUCGCCGUCAUCGCGCGGUGGGGGGCACGCCAGCAAACAUUCGGCGGCGGCGGCCGCCGUGGGACGGCCCCGCAAGGACAGUCCCCACCUCAGCAGCGGUGACGGCUUCAGCACGGCGACGGGGUCUUGCUCCGUGCAUGAAGUUCCCACGCUGCUUGUGACGCCCAAAAACGUGGACUCCGUGGUAUCCGAGGAGGCAGCCGUGCCCGGCCUCAGUGAUAUGGGGCCUGGCAACGUGUGCGUAAUUGUGCGGGUUCGCCCGAUGAUCUCAAACAAGAUGGCGCAGCCUUGUUGCCGCGUCAUCGAUGGUCCCGGCAUGGUGGAAUACACGGCGCCCCUUCGGGAGCUACCUGUUUUAGGAAAUACUUUUCAGACCACCUCCGCCACCCCAACAGCGUCGCUGGAAAGUCGUAGGACUUACUUCGCCUACGACGCCGCGCUUGGCGAGGCCGCCGACCAGAACGACACGAUGAAGUGUGUUGGGUACAAGAUGCUGCGCUACCUGCUGCAGGGGUACAACGCCACCAUACUGUGCUACGGGCAAAGUGGGAGCGGCAAGACCCACUCGAUGAUUGGACCGGCCGGUGGCAUGCUUGAGCGGCUGCAAAAGCCGGAGGAUUUUGGUUUGGUGCCGCGCAUGCUGGAGAGCCUCUUCACCCUCCUGCAGCAGAAGUUUCCGGUAGAGCCGGAGCAGGAGCAACUCCCGCACGCCCUCGCCCUUGAUGCCAUGGAGGAGGAGGAGGAGGAGGAGGAGGAAGAGGGCAGUGAAGUGCCGCCCAAGCCUGGCUGGCACGUGGAGAUCGGGGCGCUGGAGCUCUACCAGGAGGAGAUGCGGGAUGUGUUGGCCGAUGGACCUCCGCUAAACUCCUCUAGCCGUGCCGCGAGCGUCUCCAGCCCCUGCAACUCCGUCACCCCGCGGUCGGUGCGGUCGCUGCGGUCGGUGCGGUCGGUGCCCCCCGCAGCGUGCGAGUUAAAGAUCUGCGAGGACCCCGACUGGGGCGUUGCCGUGAGUGGGCUUUCCUGGUUCCCGGUGCGUUCCUUUGACGUCGCCAUGCAGACGCUGCUGCGGGCCACGCGGACGCGCCGCAUCGGCGCAACCUCGUUGAAUGAACGCAGCAGCCGCUCCCACUUUUUUGUCUUUGUUGCCCUGCAGCAGUGGGGCGUCGAGGAGGCGGAGGGCGCGGCGGAGCAGCGGGGGGCGGAGGAGGAGGAGGAACGUACGCGGCGGAGCAGCGGGGGGCGGACGCGUUCGCUGCUGACGCUCGUCGACCUGGCGGGCUCCGAGCGGGUCUCGGCGACCGGGGCAGAGGGACUGCGGCUGAAGGAGGCCCAGACGAUCAAUCUCUCCCUCACGCUGCUUGGGAACGUCAUCCGCAAGCUGACGGCCACCGGGAAGGAGCGGGAGCAGUUCACACACAUCCCCUACCGCGACUCCAAGCUCACGCGCCUCCUGCAGGAGAGCAUCGGCGGCAACGCCUUCACCACACUGCUUUGCACGGUCUCCCCCGAGACGCGGGACGCGGCGGAGAGCCUCUCCACCCUGCAGUUCGCCAAGCGCGCAAAGCGGAUACGCAACCGACCGGUUGUCAACCACCUUGACACCAAGGAAGAGCUGAAGUCAAAGCUGCAGCUCGCCCUGCGUCGCAUCGUGUGGUUAGAAAAGCAGCUGGCCGCCCUCGUGAAGGUGCGGCGGCGAAGCGACACCACGGAGAUGGACAAGGCAGAGGACGCGGGGGCGGGUGCGCUGCUUAACCAUAGGACCGGCAACCCCACUAGCGAUGAGCUGCCUGCGGGUGGUGAGGUGGGCAACGUGACACCCUGCGUCACGCUCUCGCCUAUCAUCUAUGACCUGCCAGGCAUCCCGGAGGAAAACGGUGGCGGCAUCCACUACAUCCCGAAGAAGGAACUGGCCCACAAGCUACUAGAGGAACUCGGCAGGAAUGAGGUGGAGGCCGCACACGCGCAACGCGAACUCGCCAUGUAUGCCAGACUCCUGCAGGAGGAACGCGAGGACCGCGAACGGGUGGAAGGCCUCCUCUUCGAAGAACGGCACAGGCGGUUGGAGGUGGAGUCGCAGCUGCAUAGCAUCUCGCCCCCGCGCGGCAGCUCCACCACCCCCAGCGACGGGGCCUGCUUUCAGAGCUACGCAGACACCCCUGAUUGGUUCGCGGCAGGGCCCAGCGCUGGCACCCGCGGCUCUCGCGAACGUGACGCGAGCUCCCGUACGCUGUGGCGGCGUAGCGUGGCCAAUUCCCCGUGGCAGCAGCCCCUCCGCUUCCCCAGCAUCCUGCGAGCCCUCUCCGCAUGCGUGCCCUUCAUGCAGCCGCGGAAGGAUGCUAGCCUGGAGAGGAAUGAUCCACACACAGGCGGGUCCCCAUCCCGCUCCGACACGCGUGCGCCAGGCAGCAUUUAUUCAGGCAUCCGUUCUGCAGCGGUGCGUAGAGACGACGACGACGACGACGACGAAGACGGCGGCGACCGCCCUGACGCGGAGGAGGUGGCAAGUCUGGACUCACCGUGCAACUCCACGACGGACACGUUGUCGAUGGUGCGGCAGCUGGUGCAGUAUGGCGUACGCGACAUGCUUCAGCCGUAG